AGAGCAGAAGAAAACCCACAGGGAGACUAAGGAUGAGGAAUGACGGAUAAUAAAUGAUGAUGCUUCCUGUGAGAGAAAAAGAGAGAGAGAGAGGGGGGCAGAAUAGCUCUGAAAGUGGGAGGAGCUUCUGUUUCUCUAAAGCAUGACUCCACCCCCUCUUGCUUCCCCCCGAGAGCUGAUUGGUGAACAGGAGGUGUGUGCUGCCGUGUGGAUAAUCAGCAUUUUUUCCAGCACUUGGGAGCGCAGUCAGGGAAAGCCAAGGUCAUCAUGCUUCGCUUGUCAUUUCCCUCUGCACGCAUCUGAGUGUGUGAGCUUGUGGGGGUUUUUUCAGUGUGCGUGUGUUGACGGAAGAGAGUCGUGUGUGUGUCUGUGUGUGUAUGAGCGUCGCUAUAGCUGCAUCAGAGAAGCUGCAGGGUAGGACAAGGAAAGAGCAUCUUUACGGUCUCCUCUGUCCAUGUACGGGGUGUGCGGUUGUUGCUGUGGGGCUUUCAGGCCCCGGUACAAGAGGCUUGUUGACAACAUAUUUCCUGAAGAUCCGGAGGACGGGUUGGUGAAGGCCAACAUGGAGAAGCUGACGUUCUACGCUCUGUCUGCUCCAGAGAAGCUGGACCGAAUAGGAGCCUACCUGUCUGAGAGACUGUGCCGCGAUGUGGCCAGACACAGAUACGGUUAUGUGUGUAUCGCGAUGGAGGCUCUGGAUCAGCUGCUGAUGGCGUGCCACUGUCAGAGCAUUAACCUGUUUGUGGAGAGUUUCUUAAAGAUGGUGCGCAAGCUGCUGGAGGCCGACAAGCCCAACCUGCAGAUACUGGGAACCAACUCGUUUGUCAAGUUCGCCAACAUUGAAGAGGACACGCCCUCGUACCAUCGCAGUUAUGAUUUCUUUGUGUCACGCUUUAGUGAGAUGUGCCACUCCAACUUUGAGGAUCCGGAUAUCCGCACCAAAAUCCGCAUGGCUGGUAUAAAAGGUCUGCAGGGAGUGGUGAGGAAGACAGUCAACGAUGAAUUGCAGGCGAACAUCUGGGAUCCGCAGCACAUGGACAAGAUCGUACCCUCUCUGCUGUUUAACCUGCAGUCUGGAGAAGGCACGGAGAGUCGUUCCCCCUCUCCACUGCAGGCCACUGAGAAGGAGAAGGAAAGCCCAGCUGAGCUGACAGAGCGCUGUUUUCGGGAGCUGCUGGGCCGCGCCGCCUACGGCAACAUCAAGAACGCAGUCACUCCCGUCCUCAUGCAUCUUGAUAAUCACUCUCUGUGGGAAGGCAAAACAUUUGCAGUGCGCUGCUUUAAGAUCAUCAUGUACUCAAUUCAGUCUCAGCACUCUCACCUGGUUAUCCAGCAGCUCCUGGGUCACCUGGACGCUAACAGUAAGACCUCGGCUACGGUGCGCGCUGGGAUCGUGGAGGUUCUCCUGGAGGCAGCUGCUAUAGCAGCCAGCGGAUCUGUAGGCCCCACUGUGCUGGAGGUGUUUAACACACUCCUCAGGCAUCUGAAGCUCAGUGUGGAUUACGAGCUCAGCGGAUUUUAUGAUGCCACCACCACAGGCAACAAAACCGUCAACGAGCACGAAGAGAGGCAGCUCCAAGAAGCUGUCAUAAAAACCAUAGGUUCCUUUGCCAGCACUCUGCCUACGUACCAGCGCUCUGAGGUGAUGCUCUUCAUCAUGGGGAAGAUCCCGAUUCCUGGACUGCACCUUACACUGCCACCCACAGACUCUGGGUCUGAGGGUGACAGGAUGAUUCAGGUCAUGUUGCUGAAGUCUCUAAGACAGGUGACGUGUGGCUUCCAGAGCACGAACAUGCUGACGGCUCUGCCCAGCUCGUUCCUGGACCCGCUCCUGUCCUUCGCACUGCUGGAGGACGCGCACAUCCGCCUGCUCGUCCUCGAAAUCCUCGUCAGCCUCAUCGAUCGCCAUGACAACCUCCCUAAGUUCUCCACCGUCAGCAUCAUCUCGGACAUUUCUGUCCUUAAACUCAAGAUGGAGAAGUGUUCCCGUCAGGAUAACCUCUUCAUGAAGAAGCAUGCCCAGCAGCUCUACAGACACAUUUACCUGUCGUGUAAGGAGCAGAGCAGUGUGCAGCCGCACUACGAGAUGCUCUACGCUCUCCUCGCGCUGAUCAGCAUGGAGCUUGCUAACGAGGAGGUGGUGGUGGAUCUCAUUCGCCUCGCUCUGGCCCUGCAGGACUUGGCUUUAGUCAGCGAGGAGACGUUGCCGGUGUUUAACCGUUGUGCUGUUCACGCUCUCUGCGCUGCCUACCUCAACCUCAUCUGCCAGCUCACCACCCUGCCCACCUUCUGCCAGCACGUCCACGAGGUGAUCGAGAUGAGACAGAAGGAAUCUCCAUUUCUUUUGCCAGAAGAUGUCUUCAUUGAAAGUCCAAAGGUUCCGGAGACGCUGGAGAAGCCAGCAGGAGAAGUGCUGUUCCAGCAGGCUAAGAUCGCUGAGGUGCUGGGAGGAAGUGGCUACAACACCGAGAGACUCGCCACACCUUACAUCCCUCAGUUCACAGAUGAAGACAGGCUGUCGAAGAGAAAAAGUAUUGGAGAAACGAUCUCUCUCCAGGUGGAGGUCGAGUCCAGAAACAGUCCAGAGAAAGAGGAGAGAACACCAGCUGAGGAAAUCACAUUCGAAGCACUUAAGAACGCCAUAGUGGACAGUGUAGGGAUGGAGGAGCAGGAGCGAGAGCGGAGGAGGCAGGUGGUGGAGAAGUUUCAGAAGGCCCCGUUCGAGGAGAUCGCCGCACACUGUGGAGCCAGAGCCACAAUGUUACAGAGCAAACUCAGUCAGAUCUUCGAAAUCACAAUCAGGCCUCCUCCCAGUCCAUCAGGCACCAUCACAGCGAGCUACGGCCAAACCCAGACCCGCUCCGUCCCCAUCUACGAGAUGAAGUUCCCUGACCUGUGUGUGUAUUAGCACAGAGUGAAGGAGCAGCUCGGACAACGGAGCAGCGAUGAGUGUGUGUGUGUGUGUGUGUGUGUAUGUACAGGAGGUAUUACCCAAACAUCUCCGUUCUUUAUCAUCGCAAGCAAACCUCCAGCGUGUUGUAUUUGCACUGUGACUGACACUGACGCUGACACGACCACACAGCAAAUACGAACUCUUUUUAAAUGCAUCAUGAAGAGAAAAGCCUGCGAGGCGCCAUUACUUUUACUCCACAGCCUCCGCUAGGAUCCGCUUGUGUCGUCUGCCAUGUUAAACGUUUUGUCUCGUGGCCUGAAUUCAGCCGGGGUAUAUUUUUUAAAGCAGAAGUGCAUGUGCUGUCGUCCUCUAAUGCCAGCUAGUUUUAUUUUAGCUCUUGUUUUAAGUAGUAGUGCUGUUUUAUGACGCUGUUAGUGCGUUAAGUUAAGGAAAGUAUUUUUAGAAAAUGGCUUAGCCGGUUUUGUUAAAUUAACCAUUUUUAACACGUAUGUCUUUAUUGGUGCUACUUUUGUUUCAUUUCGUUUUUUAACAAUUUACUGACCUUUUUGUGUGGAAAACUCAGCCACUUUACUGUAAACCGGACAUAUAUUCAGAGAAAAUUCACACCGUUUGCGUGAGAUCUUUUCAAAAUCAUAAAUCCUUUUCUUGAGAUUUAGGCACAGAAAUGAUCUAAAUACUAAAAAUUCUUAGGUUUCUGGGUUUGUGCAGAUGGCAGAUUAGCACUUUGCAUUAUUUAGCUAUAGAUAUGCAUGAGCAUAUCUGUUUUGGUGUAUACAGGGCUAAAAAAAAAAAAAAUGCAAUUGCACUGGAAAAAAUUCCCAUCACCUACAUAAUAGGCUCUGUGAAUGUGAUUUUUUAUUUUUUUUAUUUUGCUGUUCAUUUUAAAGCGUCCAUAAGCAACUUUCUUUAUGUCUAGCAUAGCAUACAACAAGACAAUAAGUUAUAUCUAAUGAUCUCAAAACACAAUGACUGUAAAUAUAUGUGUGGAUAUGAAGAGAAAUUUUAGUUUUAGACUGCACUGACUUUUCUAACAUCCAGCUAGGGUGAGUACAGGUGACGGCGUGUAUGCGGUGCUCACCCGUGAAGAACUAACCAGCAUGAGAUUACCACCAUCACAGAAAUUUACAACAAGAACCACGGUUUAUGAGCUUCUGCAAGCUCCAGGGGACAUGAUUAAGAUAGAACACCCUGAUACAGUGGACACUCGUCUUCCCCUUCUGGUCACGUCUCGGCUUGGAACGUGUCCCAAACGUGUCGUUCGAGUCACACGAGUGCAUGUUUCGACAUUACUGCAAUUAAUCAACAAGAUGGAGAGAACGUGGUUGAUUUUUCGGAUGACGUACAUACACGGAAAACGUUUUUUUUUUGUUAUAUUUUUCUAUUGUCGUGCGUUUGUCAGUGGUGGUUGUCUUCAGGCUGUUUUUAAAAAGCUGAAAGAAUUCUUUUCUCUGCGGCGUUGAAGUAUAAUGUCGAUCGCUCCUGAUUGGUUAAAAAAAAAAAGUGUCGUUUUAUUGUGCGUAUGAUUGUGCGAGUAUUUUAUCGCCGUGACAACGCGACUUCACGUGGUCGUCUGGUGAACACGUCCUCGUUGCUCAUGUCUCCGACGCUCCUGUGUGUCAUGUUUUCUACGUGUUUGUUUUAAGAAUCUUACAAAUGAAGCCAUGAUCGCAAACACUGAAGGCGACACCGAUUGUCGUUCUAACUUUUUGUUGUUGUUGUUGUUGUUGUUGUUAUUUAGUCAUGGGUCAAAACUCGAAAUCUCAACAUACAUAAGAGCUGCUUAGACUUAAAUUUAAUAAAUCUGAUACAUUUUACACUACACAAUUAUAUAGUUACUUACAGAAUGGUAAACAAACGUGGCCUGCUUGUUUAUUAUUUUGUAAUUGUGUAUUGUGUGUUUGUGAUGGUAGGAUUUGGAUUUGAAUUUUUUUUUGUCAAUUCAUUUGAUAUUGCACGUGAAAGUAAACGAAAUAUCCGCCUAUGUUUUAAUUGGUCAGAUUUGUUCUAAGCUUAAAACUAAGCUCAGCUUAAAAUUCCAUUUCACCACAAAAUAUUUGUUUCAAAAUGUUUAUUAUAAUUGAUGUCACACUUCAGCUUUGAUAUUAGUCAUAUAUUAUUAUUAUUAUAUUUCAAGUUUGUCAAAUUCAGAGGUUUAUUCAAGGCUACAUUUGGGCAUGUGCAAAUUUAAGAGUUAUUGUAAGGAAUGAGAAAUGUGGCACUAUAAUCUGAAUUUAAAAUUUACACAUUGGAAUUUUUAUGCCUUUAUUUGAAUUUCUAAGUGAUGUUCUGUUGUUGAAUUAGAUUAAAUUAAAAUUGUAUUCCAUGGCUUAAAUCAGGUUUCAAAUUCAAUUUGAAUGUGUAGAAAAUUCUAUUUCUAUUGUGUUCACUGGCACAUUCAGUGUUCACUGAAAUUCAAUUUCAGAAAUUCAGUUCUUCCAAUUCAGAUUCAAAUUUUGAAAACACUACAUUAUUGGCUCAUUGUGGCUGAAAUGGCAGCAAUCAAAUCUGUGCUAAAUUUUUUUUUUUUUUUUUUUUUGGCUGGUGUAGUGUUUCAAAAAUGUUGAAUGGAAUUUGAAAUGGAUUGUGCCUCCAAAGGUUUUUUUUGUUUAUUAUAAAAUUGAAUUUUUUGUUUUUUGCCACUCAGACUGUAGUGGCACAUUUCUCAUUUCAUUUCAGGAAAGGACUGGGUUUCCAGAAGAUGGAUCUGAAUUGUAUUUAUUUAUUGAUCUGACUUUGCAUAAUGGUGCCAAUAAAUUAAUUACAAUAAACGUGCUGUACAAUUUAAAUGCAGAAAAAUUCAGAUUUACAAAAUUUCAAGUCUAAAUUCUAGUAGCACAAAUACUCCAUAUCAGUCACUGUAAUAAAAACGGUUUAUGGAGUCUGAAUUCUGAAAUUAGAAAAUUUAAUUUAAAUGCGAGAAUCUGAAUUUUAAUGCUGUUAUUUAAAAUUUUUGUCAUGCCAUCUGAGAAAGAAUUCUGAACUGAGCAUUUGAAAUCUAAAAUGUAAUACUCAUAUGAUCGAUUUCUAAAGACCAAACGGUUCAAUUUUAGAUUUGUUAACUUGCAGGCAAAAGCCAAGAUAAAAUACGCUUCAAAAAUAAGAUUUAUUUGGAAAAUGGAAGAGAUGAGUUCUGUUUUUUUUUGUUUUUUUUUGGGCUGCUUUUGCCUGCAAGUUACACGAAUGUUACUUUGAAAGCAAAAUGAAAAAUGUGAAUUAAUAGCAGGUCUGAAUGCUUUUUAAAAACUGAUUAAAUGCGUACUUCAUUUUGAAUUUCAAAUGUUCAGUCACACACUCUUGAACGUGAAAUUCAGUUUUAAAUUUUCGCUCUUUUCUAAACCACAAAAUUCAAUUUCAGUUUGGAAAUUUAAUUUCAGAUGGUGUGAAACAAAAUUUAAAAUAAAUUCUGAUUGAAAUAAAAUUUCCUAAUGACAUGAUUCAAACUCCAUAGCAACUUAAAAUAAACUGGAUUCAGUGGAAUUUUUUAAUCUAUUAUUCUUAUUACACUGCUAUUAACAGUGGUGUGUGUUCUUUUAUUUUUAUUUUUAUUUGUUAAAAUUGUGACAGUUUUUUUGACGGCAUGAAAACUUCACAAGACCUUUGCUCACUUCAUGGUAUUCCUGGAAACCUGGGAAGUUGAGGAAUAAAUCUGGGAAAUGGAUGAAAAUAUUCAUGUCGCACUGAAACAAAGCAACACGGGAAAGACGUGUUGCGUAUAUUUUGCCGUGUAAAUGUUUCAGGUGGAAAGUGAAGCUCAUGUCUGUGUCACGUCUCUGAGCUUGUACACAUAUAGUCUGUUUUUACAUGUCAGUACUACAGCUGGUCAAUAAAACAUGUUCAGUGAUGA